GGGGCGGAUUGGCUGGCUCGUGUCUUCCCCCCCGCCAGGGAUGGCGUGCCCGGUGCCCCGCUCGGUGCCCCGCCCGGUGUCCCGUUGUCGGUCGGUGCCUGAGGCCUUUCUCCUCUCUUCCCCUCGCAGCUGCCCCUGUCUUUGCUGAAGACGGCGCAGAACCACCCCAUGCUGGUGGAGCUGAAGAACGGCGAGACGUACAACGGGCACCUGGUGAGCUGCGACAACUGGAUGAACAUCAACCUGCGGGAGGUGAUCUGCACAUCGCGGGAUGGGGACAAGUUCUGGAGGAUGCCAGAGUGCUACAUCCGUGGCAGCACCAUCAAAUACCUGCGGAUCCCUGACGAAAUCAUUGACAUGGUGAAGGAGGAGGUGGUGUCCAAGGGCAGAGGCCGUGGUGGGAUGCAGCAGCAGAAGCAGCAGAAGGGCCGUGGGGUUGGAGGAGCUGGACGAGGUGUGUUUGGUGGCCGUGGCAGAGGAAUUCCAGGCAGUGGAAGAGGCCAGCAGGAAAAAAAGCCAGGCAGGCAAUCAGCCAAGCAGUGAGAUGUCUGCACCCAGGCAGGGACAGUUUGGGUUUUGUCACCUCAGGGUUGCCACGUGUCCAAAAACGUUCCCUUUCCUGCUCACCCAUCAGAAUCAGAGCCCAAAUCAUGUUCCUUUGGAAGCCCCUCAUGCUUUAAUCUGGUGGAGUUUUCUCUCCUUGUAGUCAGUAAAUCAUUGGAAAUGUUUUUUAAAAAUUCGUUCACGGUUAAGGACCGAGGUUCUGCCUUCUUCUGAGAGUGAGUUUUUCAGGCUCACCAGGUUUAAUUUAAAAUAUUUUCCUGUUCAGAAGUACCAGAAUGAAGGCAAACACCUUCUGGAUUGCU